CAAUAUUUCGUGCAGGACUAUGACCCCACCAUUGAAGAUUCGUACACAAAGCAAUGUUUCGUCGACGAAGACCUUUGUAAAAUGGAGGCUAAGACUUCGAACGUGGGGAAAGGGGAAAGAGUUCAAGAAAAAAGGGACGAGAAGAAGGAAAGAAGACGGGUGAAGGAGCAAAGGGAAGUUUCCGUAGCUGAAGGACCCCCUGAGACGGGCCUCACAGAAGAACGAGGGGUUUAG